AUGUCGACAAGAAAACCAGACAGGAAAGGAAAAAAAACUUUAAGAUUGGAGAAUGCUCUACAGGAGAAAGAGAUGGGCAAUGGAUUCUUUAAACGAGGUAAUUACGAAUUGGCCAUUGAACACUAUGGAAAAGCUAUAGAGCACGACCCCAAGGAAUCAAUUUAUUUCAUUAAUCGUGCAAUGGCUUAUUUAAAAUUACAAAAUGAAUUAGACAAAGUUUUGGAUGCUAUAAGAAUGAGAGAGGAGAAAUCAAAUCAAAAAUUAUUAUCUGAAAAUAACAAAUCAAGCGAAAAUAAUCAAGAUACUCCUAAUAAAAGAAGAUUGUCAAUAGAAAUAGUUGAAUUUGAUGAGGAUGAUGAUAAGAUUGUUGAAUUAGCUGGAAAAAAAUCAAAAGAAGAAAAAAUUGUAAAAAAUGGCGUUGAUGUCAUUGUUGAUUGGAAAAAAUAUGAACAAAAUGAUGAGAAUUUAUAUCUUUAUUUUAAGAUUAUACCACCUUCAUCAUAUCCAAAGAUAUUCUCAGAUUUCUUUGAAAUUGGCUAUCUUUUAAAAAUUAUGAUUAUUUUGAAAAAUCGUGAUAAUGCAAAUGAUAUUUAUGAAGUCUUGUAUAAUUUAAGUCGUGUCUCAAGAUUUGAGAUGAUUUUAAUGUUUCUCGAAAACGAGAAAAAACAAGAAAUGAAAGAAAUGAUGAAAGGUCCAUUCGAUUUACUAUUCAAAUCAACUAGAGGUUCAUCAAAUCAACAAAAAUUUACAAUGGAUGAUGUAUUGAAAUUGACAAAAAUAUAUGGUGUUGAAUGA